GUGUUACGUACAUGUGUUACCAAUAUUGACGUACAAAAUUACGAAACAUAAAACUCAUUGGAUUUGUAUUGGAACGUAUCUUAAUAAGUAACCCAAUGGCUUCCAACCACUAUGAGGUCAUCAUAGUAGGCCUGGGCGCAGCGGGUGUUGCGGCGGCGUCAACUCUGGCGCGGGCAGGGCGAAGAGUCCUGGCGCUGGAAGCCCAGGGCCGUGUGGGGGGCAGAGUACACUCUGUGCCCUUCGGAGAGGGGAUUGUGGAGCUUGGUGCUGAAUGGGUCCAUGGUGAGGAAGACAACACGGUAUACGAGCAAGCAGUGAAGCACAACUUUCCUUUAGUUCCUCAAGGCGUGGAUCUCAUCACGUAUCGCUCAGACGGCAGCAAACCUGACCAAGACGUGCAGGAGCUGAUCAAUGUGCUAGUAGAACAGCAGCAGUGUGAUGAGAUGGAGCUACCUGAUACUCCAGGGCGUUUUGGUGAACAUGUUGCUAACCAUGUAAAACAAUAUAUAAAAGAGAAAAAGCCAGAACUCUUGGACGAUGAAGACUUCAUGGAGCAAAUGAUGGACUUUAUAAAUUUAUUGGUAAAUAAUCACAACGCUUCCAACGAUUGGAAUGACGUCAAUGCCCUCGACAAGUAUACGCCUUUGGAUGGAUAUUUGUAUUUAAGCUGGCACAAAUAUGGGUUCAAAACAUUCUUCGACAUAUUAUUGAACACGCACAACAAUGGCCCAGGCUGGCCUACUUUAGACAUAGAACUAAACAAAGAAGUGACACAAAUCGACUGGCCUCAGGAUUACAAAGACAAAGUGACCGUUACUUGCAAAGAUGGGUCAGUUUAUACAGCACAAAGUACUAUAGUUACUGUAUCUGUUGGGGUGUUGAAAGAAAGGCACACUAACCUAUUUAAGCCGAAGUUGCCAGAGGUAAAAAUAAAUGCAAUAGAGAGGAUAUCGAUAGGUGUUAUGGAUAAAAUCCUUCUUUCUUUUGACGAAGUUUGGUGGCCUCUAGACAGUGCCUUUGUUGGAUUUUUAUGGAGAGGUGAAGACAAGAAGAAAGUGCCAAAGGAGUCCUUUUGGACAACUAGGAUAUUUGCCGCAAGUAGACCUAUGGGCUCUAAAAAUGUCUUAACGUUUUGGACUAGUGGAGAGAUUGGCAAAUUGGUAGAAAUAUUACCAGAAGAUAAAGUGAAGAGAGAAUGUAGACAACUUCUACAGAAGUUUAUGGGUGCCGAUAUACAAGUACCGGAACCGUCAGGUAUCAUCAGAUCGACCUGGUUCACAAAUCCCUACACGAGAGGGAGCUAUACAUUUGACAGCGUGGCCUGCGCUCCGUAUCCGAACUCAAGGACGGACUUAGCAGCCCCUUUAACGGACUCUUCAGGUCGUCCCAGAGUUCUUUUCGCUGGAGAAGCCACGGACGAGACGCAUUUCUCAACAGUACAUGGGGCAGCGGAAACCGGUUACAGAGAAGCAUCGAAACUUAUUAGAAAUAGUCAAAUAUAAGCGUUUAAUUAUACUACCCAAUCCGAUGCGGCACGGAAUGCAGUUAGAUCGGGAAAAUAGACGCUAUUAGAUUCGCACAAGAUCGUAGUUACCAUGGGCACGUCGCGUACUUCGGAAGGUACGCUAAGCCGUUGGUCUCGGUUACUACUAACUAAUGUAAGUAAAUAGUCGUUACAUAAGACAUGUCAGGGGCCAGUGUUGAUGAGGUUGGCAAUUCACCUCACAACCCACACGAUAGAAGAAGAUGGGCCCACCAAUUUGCUAUUAGACUACACGAUUUCGAUCGACGAGUCGUUGACCUUGACGCAUCGGGCAGGAGAGAUUAGCAAAUGUAAUAACCGCUAUAGGCUGACUGCAGUAACUCACGUAUUAUAAUUUAUAACCAAACAUACGUAUUAUUAACCAAAGUUAUGUAAUUACCUCAUAAUUAUAUAGAACAAAACAGACCUCUAACUGACUGACCUCAUAUUGUU